AUGGUAUUCAAGCUUUACAAUAAUGUACCACAAAUAACAGAAAAUUUUCGAAGUUUGUGUGUUGGUGACAAGCAUUUAUGUUAUGUUGGUAGUAAAUUAACUCAUGUCUUUCCCCAAUAUUUAAUUCGAGGAGGUGAUAUAACGAAUUUCGAUGGUUCGGGUGGUGAAUGUAUUUAUGGGAAAACAUUUCCUGAUGAAAAUUUUAACAACAAACAGUCCAAACCCAGUACUUUAUCGAUGACUAAUUUUGGUCCGAAUACCAAUAAUUCCCAAUUUUUCAUAACUUAUAUUGGACUUCCAUUCUUCGAUGAUACAUAUGUUGUUCUCGGCGAAAUUUCAAGUGGCAUGGACGUUAUUCAUGCCAUCAUGAAUCAGGGAAGUGCCACUGGUCGACCUAAAACAGAUAUCAUCACCGUCGAAUGUGGAACAAUCAAUGAAAACUAG